GCGCUCCAAAACCUUUUUUCGUCUUAAUGAUCGUCGGACCUCAUGGUUCAUCUAUAAAUGAGAGUGAUUCUUCUCUAGGACUGUCAGGAUGCAAAUAAUUGAGUUACAUGACUGUAAUGAUGAGAUCACGUCUCUCCUACUGAUGAGAUCAUGUUAUUUAAUUUUUAAAUCUGCCUGACUGCAAAUGUCUAUUCUCAUAUCACCAGUUCCUGAUGCAUGUGUUAUUAGAUCCCUUGAGAGUUACCUUUGUUUUAACCAUCUAAUUCGGAAGUUCCAGAAGUCAGUAUAUAAAUUUGUCAGCUGUUUGCACAGUUUUCAUUACUGUAUUCCAAAAUACUCAGAAAAUGCAAAUAUUCGUAAAGACAUUGACAGGAAAGACAAUUACGUUAGAGGUUGAGCCUAGUGAUACUAUUGAGAAUGUGAAGGCGAAGAUUCAAGACAAAGAAGGUAUUCCUCCUGACCAACAGCGUUUGAUAUUCGCUGGCAAGCAGUUGGAAGAUGGACGUACUCUGUCUGACUACAACAUCCAGAAAGAGUCGACUCUGCAUCUUGUCCUUCGUCUACGUGGUGGAAUGCAAAUCUUUGUGAAGACGUUGACUGGUAAGACGAUCACGUUGGAGGUUGAGCCUAGUGAUACUAUUGAGAAUGUGAAGGCGAAGAUUCAAGACAAAGAAGGUAUUCCUCCUGACCAACAGCGUUUGAUAUUCGCUGGCAAGCAGUUGGAAGAUGGACGUACUCUGUCUGACUACAACAUCCAGAAAGAGUCGACUCUGCAUCUUGUCCUUCGUCUACGUGGUGGAAUGCAAAUCUUUGUGAAGACGUUGACUGGUAAGACGAUCACGUUGGAGGUUGAGCCUAGUGAUACUAUUGAGAAUGUGAAGGCGAAGAUUCAAGACAAAGAAGGUAUUCCUCCUGACCAACAGCGUUUGAUAUUCGCUGGCAAGCAGUUGGAAGAUGGACGUACUCUGUCUGACUACAACAUCCAGAAAGAGUCAACCUUACAUCUUGUUCUGCGCCUACGUGGAGGCAUGUGAUUUCUGUUAAAGUAAAAUUAAAAAAUAAAUUUUAGUUUGAUUUUAUUUCUAAA